ACGAGCAGAGCACAUGAUGGACCAACCUGGACAAGCGUGGGGAAACUCGAGAUCCCCAGCUGUCCCGUGAGCGAAUGUGGCACAGCGCCAACCCGCCCUCUGAGCUUUCUGCAGAGAUGACUACUCCUCCAAACUCCCACCCCACCCACACGCGUGCUUUAUCCCCUUCUACAUCACCUCGCCGUCAGGCCUGAGCAGAAACUGUUUUCACCCGGCCUGCACAUCUGGAUUUUUUUUAACAUCUGCACUCAUUCAACCCAGGGAUCGUUUAACAUCCCACGACCUGCUUGGAUCUGUAGAGUGUCAGGACUGAGGCUAGAGGAGCCGAUCAGUCACUGAUAUCCCGCCCUGCGGUACCGAUCCGGUGUGGAUGCUGAUGCUGAUGCUGAUGCGGGAAACGGAAGUGAACGCGCCUGUCCUCCGGCAGACUUAUUUACAGAAGUAAAGACUGAAAUGACGGAUUGCUUAAUCGUCAGCUGACCGGAAUGUAACUUCUGCGCUGAUGCUUAACUCUUAAGUCGAUGCAUCCUUUCCAUUCUUCAUGAUUGUCAUGCAUGGUUUGUUUUUCUGGCGUUUUGUCGUAUUCUUGUGAUUUCAUGGAUGCCAGAUGUAGCUGAAUCCUACAGGAGGAACUGUGUUCCGGACGUGUUGAGGACUCUUUGUGCUUUGUGCGGAAUCCGGUGUGAUCUAUUCGGGCAUGUCAGGAUCACACGGAUAUUUACGUAGAUAAAUAAGAGCACUAGCCAGCUGGAUACGUAUCAAUUCAUCUCAAUUUGAUUUAAAAAAAAAAGUAAAUUGCUGGGAUGGCUGAAAAGCCUUUAGAGCCAGGGUCGGUCUCCAUCCCUAUGGACCAAGUGACCAAUCGGACAGGAGGAGCCCCUCCAGAUGCACCCAUUUUGACCCACCUGAAGAAAGUGGAGAACCAUAUCACAGAGGCACAGAGGUUCUCACACCUGCCCCGGCGCUCGGCCGUAAACCUGGAGUUUACUGAGCUUUCCUACACUAUUCACGAGGGCCCCUGCUGGAGGAGGAGAGGUUGUAAGGCGCUCCUGAAGUGCUUGUCUGGCAAGUUUUGCAGCCGAGAGCUCACUGGAAUUAUGGGGCCGUCUGGGGCUGGAAAGUCCACCCUGAUGAAUAUUCUUGCUGGGUACAGAGAGACUGGUAUGGAGGGUCAGAUAAUGGUAAAUGGGCGAACGCGUGACCUCCGCACCUUCAGGAAGAUGUCCUGUUACAUUAUGCAGGAUGACAUGCUGCUGCCCCACCUCACCACACGUGAGGCCAUGAUGGUUUCAGCUAAUCUUAAGCUAAAUGAGAACAUGGAAGUAAAGAAAGAACUGGUGAAUGAGAUCCUCACUGCUCUAGGCCUGCAAGAGUGCGCACACACUCGUACACACACUCUGUCCGGAGGUCAACGUAAACGAUUGGCUAUUGCACUGGAGCUAGUCAACAACCCCCCUGUCAUGUUCUUUGAUGAGCCAACCAGUGGUCUAGACAGUUCAUCCUGUUACCAGGUGGUUUCUCUAAUGAAGUCUCUUGCUCUGGGUGGACGAACCAUCAUCUGCACCAUCCACCAGCCCAGUGCUAAACUCUUUGAGAUGUUUGACAAGCUGUAUAUUUUGAGUCAGGGGCAGUGCAUAUAUAAAGGCACAGUCCCAUACCUCAUCCCCUAUCUGAAGAACCUCGGACUCCACUGCCCUACUUACCACAAUCCUGCCGACUUCAUAAUCGAGGUGGCAUCAGGAGAGUAUGGUGAUUUGAAUCCUGUGCUUUUCGAGGCAGUGCAGGGUGGCAUGUGUUCAGACGGUGUCAAGAAGAACUCAAGUGACAAGAAUGAUCCUACAUCGUCCUGUCCAACUCAGUGUAACAGCGAUUCAGGACACAUCGAAAAACAUACUUUUGCCACCAGCACGCUCACACAGUUCUGCAUUCUUUUCAAAAGAACUUUUAUCACUAUAUGUAGAGACAUGGUGCUGACCCACCUGAGGGUGAUGUCACACUUGUCUAUUGGAGUACUGAUCGGCCUGCUGUACCUAAACAUUGGCAAUGAUGCCAGCAAAGUGUUCAACAACACUGGAUUCCUCUUCUUCUCCAUGCUCUUCCUUAUGUUUGCUGCAUUAAUGCCAACUGUCCUCACAUUUCCUCUGGAGAUGUCAGUGUUUUUAAGGGAGCAUCUGAACUAUUGGUACAGUUUAAAGGCCUACUACCUAGCCAAGACCAUGGCUGAUAUCCCAUUUCAGGUCCUAUGUCCCAUAAUGUACUGUAGUAUAGUGUACUGGAUGACAGAGCAGCCUCCAGAAGUUAGCCGAUAUGUGCUGUUCAUGGCCUUAUGCACCUCCACUGCCCUGGUGGCUCAGUCUCUGGGCCUACUCAUUGGCGCUGCUUCCACCUCACUGCAGGUGGCUACAUUCAUAGGCCCAGUGACAGCCAUUCCAGUCUUGCUUUUCUCUGGCUUCUUUGUCAACUUUGACACCAUCCCAAAAUACCUACAGUGGAGCUCCUAUGUUUCUUAUGUCAGGUAUGGCUUUGAGGGUGUGAUCCUAUCCAUUUAUGGUAUGAAUCGAACAGAUUUGGAAUGCCCUGGCCUUGUCUGUAAGUUCCAGAAGCCCGAGGAGGUGUUGCAGCUGUUGGAUGUAGAAGACGCAAAACUCUACGUGGACUUCAUAGUGUUAGGGAUCUUCUUCCUCGCUCUUCGGUUAGCCACUUAUCUAGUGCUGCGUUACAAAGUCAAGUCUGAACGUUAGGGCUUGACAUCAGAUACUUCAAUUAUUUUCAUUUAUAGAAUAGUUUAUGUUGUGCAAACCUGUGCAAUGUCUUCAUUCACUCAAACUAAAAAUAUUUUUUUGCACACUAACGUUCCUUUUAUGAUUUUUUCUUGGUUCUUUUUUUUUUAUUAGAUAAUCAGGAGUGACAGCACAGGAUCAAUAGUGACAACAGAGAUUUUAAAAUUUUUUUAAUGCUUAUUUCAGUUAAUAAUUUUUCUAGUUUUAUUUCCUGCAUUAGAUUCAGUUCUUGUAUUAGAUUCAAUAAAAUGAUGACCAAACUCAUUAUAAAUAAAAAGCAUGAAGGCUGGUGAAUGAAGUUGAAGCUAAAAAGCAGCAUUUCUCCCAACUGACAAUCUCACACUUGUCCUUUAUAUUGUGGACUCUCAUAAUAUGAACAGGAUAAAAUAUGUACAGUACAGUAUAUGAGCAAGUGCUUGUCACACAGCCAAAAAAAAAAAUAAAACCCUCAACCACUAUUCUACUCGAUAUUCUUCUGUUGGCUCAGUUUUUAGAUUGUACUUUUGGAGCAACUGAGAACUUUCUGGAACUGAUUUCUUAUUACAAACACAAACAUAGUUGUUCUGUGCUGAGACCGUAUUGCCCUUGCUCUGGAAAGUCUAAUCAGCAUACUGAUGAUCCCAUCUUUGUUCUUUCUUGGACACAUAAAGAAUUAUCUCACCUUUAUCUACUGAAGUACAUCAAAUAAAACAAGGGACUCUACAAUGGAUCUAUGUUAGGUACAUCUGUCAUCCAUAGAUCUAAGGAUCAAGGAAUGAGAAAUAGGUUGAACUCCAAUCAAAAGCAAGUGUUUGUCAUGUGAACCUGUCAUAUUUUUUUGCGAUUUUAAGAUUUUCUUUUUUCCCUUUAUGUUCAUUUGGAUGGAUUACUGGACACUGUAUGAUUCUGUUAUAGUACAAAGUAGGAAAAAUGUGACUCGCUGCCUACACUGAACAUGAUGCUAAAGAAAGGAAUGUUGUGAAUGGGAAAUUUGGUGAAUACAGUGUAAAGAAAUUUACUUUAAUUUAGGAAAAAGAAACCAAGAAUUUCAGCAGAAUCAUCUUGACCUCUUAGGAGUGUCUAAUGUUAGCAUUCUUCUCUAUGGAUAGACGAAAUGGAGGCAUAAACAUUGCAUUCAUAAUCUAUCCUUUAUUGUUAAUGUAUGUCCUGCUGGAGUUGGGACUCGUGAAUCAUCUCCUUGGGGUCAUAUAAACUACUGAGUAUCAUUUCUGUCAUCAGCUCUACUGUCAGCUGACCAGACUCUGUGUGAUCAUAAUGCUGGUUGGACAGGACAGUCUGCGCAGCCUUAUGGCUUAUUGUAUACUGCUUGAUGGACUUUAAUGCCUAUUUAUGAGCACCUCCCUGUACACUUAAGUGUAUCUGCUUACUUAAUUCUGCCUCUUCAAUACUGCAAUGCAAUGCAAACGUCUGGACGAUGGACACGAUGUGGCUCUGAUUUAUGCUAUGUGUUAUGUCUGCCAAUAUAUGGAAUUAUAAUAAUCUGAGUAUAUAUACACGACAAAUGUAGAUGUGCAAUGCUGAUCUUUUUAUUUAAGAUUAAUUUGUAUUUAGUUUUAU